AUGAGUACCUGUGCAGCUCGGUGUCCCACCUCUGUUCCUAUCUCUGUGUGAUCCGGCAGCUCCGCUCUCUCUCCCGUUAUUCCGGAGCAGAGCCGUUUCCUGCUUUACCUGCCGCCGCCUCACCUGAGCUGCUCACCUGUCCGACGGGAACUUACCGGGGCGGAAACGCGGCGGAUCGAGCCGGAGGAGUUCGGAGGACAGCGUCCAGGUUUCCUGCGGGGCGGGACCCAGCAUGCCGAGGGCCUUUCUGGUGAAGAAGGCGAACGUAUCGCCGGGGAAGCGGAACUGGAGCGAGCUACCGGACGAUGAGCGGGGCGACGUCUACGUCCCAGUUUCCAUCUUCCCUCCGUCCGUCCUGAUGAUGGAGGCUGAAGCCAGUCCGGCCGAGACGACUCCGCUCUGCCUCGCCAAACGCUCGGACGCUCAGACGUCGGCCGAGCUGCCGUCCAGCACGGUUCUGGGUCGACCUCAGAGCCCGGCUGAGGAGAAGUCCGAGAUCCGGAGGAGGUCGCAGGGCGGCUCCACGUACAUCCGAGCCAAAAUCAAGGUGACUACAGGCGAGUUGCCUCCCGAUCCGUCUCUUCUUCCCCUGAAUCUUCCUCCCAUUCCCACCCGACCGCUCCUAACCACACACGAGAUGCCGGUUGCCUCGACGACGACCUCCGCCCCCAUGGAGACGGUCUCCAUGGUGACCAGAUCAGCAGGUCAAAGUCAAACUUCGUCCAUGGCGACGACAGCAGAGUUUGUGUGUCAGGUUUGCCAGAAAACCUUCCAGUACCAGCGAAUGUUAAACAGACAUAUAAAGUGUCACAACGAGACCAAGAGACACCUGUGCAGCUUCUGCGGCAAAGGCUUCAAUGACACCUUCGACCUCAAGAGACACGUACGCACUCAUACAGGCGUCCGUCCAUAUAAGUGCACCCUCUGUGAGAAGGCCUUCACCCAGCGCUGCUCCCUGGAGUCCCACAUGAAGAAGAUCCACAGCGUCACCCUGAAAUACGCCUACAAGGAGCGGCGCAACAAGCUGUACGUCUGCGAGGAGUGUGGCCACACGGCGGGAACUCAGGACGAGCUGCUCCUCCACCUCCAUCAGCUGCACCCUGACAGCGCCCUGCUGAAGGGGAAGGCUGCCCGGAGGGGGGGAGGACCGGGGGGAGGCUCGGUAGGAGGGUCCAUGCCUGGGUCUCCACAGGGAGCAGACAGCGAUGACACCACCGGAUCAUCUGGGCAGUAGGACGCCAGGAAGAGCUUCAGGAUAAACUCAGGGGAAGGAGGACGGACUGUAAAGCAGAUGUGAUGUACAUGUGUGUAUAUUUAUGAAUGUGUUGGAUUUGGGCGUGGACUUUAUAUAAUAAUAAAAUAAUGAACCAUGUUUGACACGAAUGAGCAGAAACAUGCCUGGUAGAACCCUCUAAGACCUCUGGAGGUCUUUAUGAGAACAUUGUCUUGGUAACUCCAAGUGGUCUUAAUGUUUUGGCUCAUAUGUGUUUUUCUACAUGGAUUUCUCUUCCUUUGUGUUGCAUGUGAAUAUUAACUGUGGGCUUCUCUGUACAGUCAAAGAAAUUAGUUUUUGUUUUUUAUUAAAAACACUUUAUUCAUUAAAGGGAGUAAUAUAUUA